CUUGUGGGAUCUACUCGCUUCUUCGCAUUAUUAUCUUGACUCUCGCUGGAUACAAAAUUUAUAUAUAUUUACGAAUAGUGUACAUUUGUUCCCAUUUAUUAGAUCUUAGGCUGUUAAAAUAGCUAUGGAAUCUUUAGUGCAAGAUAUACUUUCGUAAUAAAGGGUUUUUAAAUACCCCAUCUUCCCUUUUGGUUUUGUUUACUCUCCAUCACAGCGAGGCGGAAAAGCAUCAUGGAGAAGGCAGCGAAACACAUCCGCAGGAGCGGUGUGAAGUUGCUCUCUCUUGGUGGUGGCCACAGCGAGCUGAACCUGCUGAUAUCAGAAAUGAAAGAUGUCCGAAAUUCUUCCAAAAACUUUAUGAAUGCCCAAACGACUGCCUCUCAAUACCUUACUAAGUGGGCAGCACGUGAAGACAACAGAGCGAUACAGGAUGUUUCCAGUCAAAUGGAAGAAUUAAACAUGUUGUGGACAGAAGCUCAGAGGGAGUUUGCAGAACACUUAAAGGAAUUCAAACAAAUGUUUGACAUGAUUCUGGAAGGAGAGAAACAUGUGGAUAUGUCGAAGAAUAAUUUGGGUGCAUGUGAACUACGAGAGACUAAAAUCAAGAAAGAGCUGAAGAAAGCUGCUAAGAAAUCCACCACAGAGGAACUUCGCCAACUUGAAAAUAAACUUAUGCAAGCAGAAAGAGCCAAGAAUUUAGCACAGCUUGAAGUCACAGACAGGUUAAGGGAGAAUGAGGCUGUGAAAAUCAUAAGAUAUAAAGAGGGCAUGUUGAGACUCUCUGAAGCAUAUGUGGAACUUGGAAGAAAGUGUGCAAUUAUCUUCGAGGCUCAAAGGGAUAUGGCCCAUCAGUUGCCUGAUGUCCACGACAGAGAAAUAGAAGAUAUCAAAUAUACAGGUUCAGGUGCUACUAGGAAAUUUGUUAUGGAGGCUAAGGAAAAGGUGCGACAAUAUAGAAGACAGUCUCACAGACUUCAACCUCAACCUACAGUAGAGCCAUACACAGGUCUCUUUGAAGCACCUCCUCCUUACUCUGCCAUAGACCUCUACCAACAAGAUUUGCCACCCACAGUCACAGGCAGAUCACCAGCAAGGCAAAAGAGGCAAAAGCAAGAAAAAAUGCAACGAGAGGUGCCCCAAGAAGAGCACCAUCAGCAACAUCAACAAGAACAACAACAUGAACAGUUAGAGGAGCAUUUUCUAAAUAUUGAACAAGACUUACCCUUAGACUCUGCUAGGGUGCCAUCAUGGAACUCUUAUCCAGGGAGUGAUGGUGAAAUAGAUGAUUUGGCCGGUGCCAUGGGAGGUGCAAAAAUUUAGGAUAUGAAUUCUUUAUACUUUGUAAUUAUUAGCACUCAUUAUAUUUUGAAUAUCUUGAACACUGUCAGUAGGUGGCAUUUUGCUAUUGACAAAAAGUGAGUGUUUUUCUGUUUACACCCUGCUAUAAAGAUCUGAGUUUUGGAACAUCAUGCAAAUAGAAUUGCCUGAUUAUCAUGAAAUCUUUUGAAGUUGUAUUUGUGUUACACAAUAUUAACACCAUCUAUUUGCCCAAAGUCUGACAAGGUUUUAUUUACUCUGAUUUACGUGCAACAACAACGUGUCAAACCACCUAGGAAUCCAACAAUUUCAUCCUUUUUGUAAGAGCUAGUAAUAAAUUGAUUGGGAUUUUUGAUAAAAGACAUGAAAACAACAAGAACAGUGAAUAAAUGCUACUAUCUUGUUAUUUACAUGUGAAGUUUUCAGCAAUUAAAUUAAUUAUAGAGAUUGAAUUUUAAAGGCUGAUAAAAGUAUGGAUGGGAACUUUUCACCUUUUAAGGUGUUUCCUCUUACCUGUUUUAAAAAAGAAAUUGAUGAGUAUGGUGUGAAAUGUUCUAAAACUGAAGAUUAAGGGAGAUGCAAAGGGUUUACUUAUUGUAAUAGCCUGUUCUGUUCCCAUCCAUUGUGAAAUGUUCGCAAUGAUAAGAUUUUCAGAGAAAGCUUUUUUUUACCUAGGUCAAUAAGUUAUGUUCUAUCUCAUACUUUAAAUCACUGGAGCAUUUGUUAUUAUGGACAAUAAAUAGGGAGUGGGGAGUAGGGGGCUUAAUGCCUCUGUUGUUAAAUGCACAUUUUAUGGUUCUUUUAUAUCUUUUAAUGGUGAACGUAGACUAAUUAUUAUGCACUUAUGUGUGGCACUAGGGUUCAAAUAUGUUUAUCCAAUGCACUUCCAGUUGCAGAAAGUGCAGCAACAUUAUUCUGUGAACUGGAUUGUGGAACAAGUGGAAAUUAAAGAAAAAGUGUGGAUGCUUUUGUGUUGUGAUGUUACCAGUAUCUGGUAUGUGCAAUGAGCAGUGGAAAUUGUCAUUUAUCUGUGAAGACAUUAGGUCUGGAUUUUUAUAAUGGAUCCUUGUGCAAUUGUUAUCAUUGUGUAAGCUGCAUACUGAUUAUGGGAUCUUCCACUUUUUAGGAGAAUUGCUUUUCCCUUUAACAAUGAUUGGUAUAUCAAGUAGACUAUAGAGAUCUGUAUUACUUUUGCUAACACUGAUUGUGACAUUCACACCUGUGUGUAGAAAAACUUGCCCUACAGCCAGGUAUGUUUUGACUGUAUUAUUAUUAAAUCGACUACAGAAGAUGUAGCAA